AUGCCCUGUAAUGAUCCAUUCCAUGUAAAUUGUGGUGGACAGGAUGUAAAGUAUGGGAGAAUCCCUUAUGAAGGUGACCAAAAUGUUGAAGGUGGUGCUGCAAAGAUUUGUUACAGAUCUGGAUCAAACUGGGGAUUCAGCAGCACAGGAGAUUUCAUGGAUGGUUCUAUUAAAAACAGAGUAUAUACACUUGCAUAUUCACACCCUGGUCUCUCAAUGGAGGAACUUCAAUUGUAUUCUACAGCACAUGACAAAUUGUACUACAGAGUUGGAAAGCGCUUUUUUGACAUUUAUAUUCAGCAAAAAGCAAUAUUCAAUGCCUCUGUGACAGACAAUACCUUGGAGAUCCGUUUAUACUGGGCUGGAAGAGGGACUGCUUGCAUUCCAAGUAGAGGAAAUUAUGGUCCUAUAAUUUCUUCUAUAUCUGUAUGUUCAGGUCGGAGAACUCAAUGUCAAGAAUCUGAAGAAGCAAGUAAAAUACUUAUUGUGGCUGAAGUUGUCACUCCAGUAUUAUUCCUUGUCUUCUUGGGUGAACUAUCAGAAGGCAUUUGUAUUUCAAAAAAAGGAAAUUUAAUGGAGAUAAUGGGCCCAAAGCUGCAUUCUGAAUUCAACCAGAAAGAGGCUGAAAGGAUGAUCAAAGUGGCUCUCUUAUGCACCAAUGCAUCUCCUUCUCUAAGGCCUACAAUGUCAGGAGUGGUGAGCAUGCUUGACCAGGAGGUGAUCUCAGAUCCUAGCAUUAUGGUGAUAAAUUACAGCUCAAACAUCUCAAAGAUCACUAUCAGCAGGUCCUAUACCAGAAUUUAA